AUGAAGACUAUAGUUGUCGAUAACGGGACUGGGUUUGUGAAGUGCGGAUUUGCAAACGACAACAUUCCGACUGCGGUCUUUCCUUCGAUGGUAGGGCGACCCUUAAUGCGAUCAGAAGAGAAGAUAGGAGGUGUAGAGAUUAAGGAUGUGAUGUUUGGUGAUGAAGCGUCGUCCGUCCGACAGAACCUUCAAAUCACAUAUCCCCUUGAAAAUGGUAUAGUGAAGUCGUGGACUGAUAUGGAACUCCUUUGGAAGUAUGUAUUUGAAGAGAAGCUUCACGUCGACACACAUGGUGCUUCUGUCUUACUCACCGAGCCCCCCAUGAAUCCACAGGAGAACAAAAUGAAGAUGGGGGAUGUGAUGUUUGAGAAGUUUGGGUUCAAUCGAGUCUAUGUAGCUGUACAAGCCGUCUUAGUCUUAUAUGCUCAAGGUAUUUCGACUGGUGUUGUUGUCGAUUCUGGGGAUGGAGUUUCUCAUAUCAUUCCCGUCUAUGAAGGCUUUGUACAGAACUCCGUGAAGCGACUUGAUGUCGCCGGAAGUGACAUUACUCGUCGAUUGAUCGACUUGUUACUUGUUCGUGGGUAUUCCUUCAACAGAACUGCUGACUUUGAAACCGUUCGAAUGAUUAAAGAGAGAUACUGUUAUGUCGGAUAUGAUCUUACUCUUGAGAAUAAACUCGGGACUGAGACCACCGUCUUAAUGCAACAAUACGAAUUGCCCGACGGGAGAGUUAUUAAGUUGGGCCCUGAGCGUUAUAUGGCUCCUGAGAUCUUGUUCAACCCAUCGAUGAUUGGAAAAGAGUCUGCUGGCGUUCAUCAGAACUUGUUCGACUCCAUCAAUCAAUGCCCAUUAGACACUCGUACCGACUUGUACGGCCACAUCGUCUUGUCCGGUGGAACUUCUAUGUUGCCGGGAUUACCUUCGAGACUUAAAAAGGAAGUCGUCAAGUUGUACGAGCAAAACGCUGAAGAAACUCGUAAAAAAGGAAACGCCUCUAUUACCACUCGUGCGGGUUCUAGUACCAAGAAGGCUACUGUCUCCGUCAACAUCGAAGAUCCACCAAGAAGAAAACACUUAGUCUUCCAAGGUGGUGCUGUUCUAGCUGGUGUAAUUGAAAACAGAGAUGAAGCCUGGGUGACCAAAGCCGAAUUUGAAGAAAAGGGAAGACAGGUCAUGUUGAAGAGAACUGCCGUCUAA